GAUAUGAGAAACCACCGUCCAUUAAAACAUAAUUUUCCGUCACAUUGCUCAACAGAGCGGGUCUCCGUUACAUACUUAUUUAUAAAACGGUGAGGAUGGCAGAAAACAGCAUGCCCCACCAGCAAGAACCGAAUGCGGGAAGAACACGGCACGGAUGUCUAAACUGUAAAGGAAAGAAGAGAAAAUGCGACGGAAAAAGACCUGCAUGUGGCCGCUGUAGCAGCAGGGGCCAUGAUUGCAAAUGGGGCCCGCGCCUCGUGUUCCUACCUCAAAACGCCUUGGGAAUCACAACAGGGAGAUCAUCAGCGCUGCAGAACAAGCGACCGGGACGAGAACCUACGCGGUUCAGAAUCCAAAACAUCACGGCGGAGAUAAUUCGCGACUACCAGCACUCUGAAGCCACGGACGCGUCGUGCCACCUUGACGACCAACUUGCUAUCGCUGACUCCCCCUCCAUGAACGAUGGACAAGACACAAACGACGGACAAGAUCCUCGACCCCAAGAGAGUUCAGUAUGGCAGGAAGGAGCGGCAUCUGAGGACGUAGCUGCUAGCUUCGCCAAUGUUCAGCAUUACGAAGUGCAUACUAAACAUUCCGAAACUGAGAUGGGUAGCCUUCCUGUGGCCUCAUCUACUCCUUGCGACUUUGAGUCCCUCUGGCAUAGUCCGGUUGCUAUUGAUCUCUACGGAGAUAGUGUUUUCAUUCCAGGAUCCGCUUAUCUUGACGCCCAUUCUACGCUCCGAAGUCAUCUCAUACACGAGGUUAGAUCCACCCUACCCACACGUCCGGGCACUCCGGAAACCUGUAGAGACGAACAAGCUUGGCUCACGAGUUCAAACUUGGACAAAACGACGAGCCGGAAUCUAUCACUCUCGGCGCUUCUAGACGAUCCUCGGCCUGAAGGCCUACACUUGUCACGUUCGUUUGUACCCCAGCUGUCCGACGAAGAAGAAUGUGAGUUGUGGCAGAACUGGACGAACGAAGUCGCACCCUGGCUAGACAAAUUCGACAUCAAGCGGCAUUUCCAGCACACGCUUCCCGUAAUGGCACGCUCAGUCGACCACCUACGGUACUCGAUCCUUGCCGUGUCUGCACGUCAACUUGAGCGGAAACAGCAAAGCAGGCACACUGAGCGCAGCCUUGCCCUCUAUCAAAUGGCUAUUCAGCUCGUUCUUCCUCAACUCCAUACGCGCAGCACUUCCGUAAUUGCAUCCUGCGUUGUACUAUGCGUUCUUGAAAUGCUGAGCAGCUCGCCCAAAGCCUGGCGUCAACAUCUAGAAGGUUGUGCCUAUCUGAUCGACGCCGUUGGUAUCAACGGUUUUUCGGGUGGCAUCAAUCAAGCACUGUUUUGGUGCUUCGCUCGGAUGGAUGUGUGCGGAGGACUGAUCGCAUCUAUGAGCCCGCUUAUACCCAUCGAACACUGGGCCUCAUCGCUUGACAUCGAUGCAGCUAUCACCCUGUUCGAAGGACAAGACGGUUUUGACGCAUAUGCGUGCUAUGCCGUCUACAUGUGCGCUCAAGUUCUUGAUCUCCUUGGUUUCCGCUCACACCUCACUGAGCGUGUGGGAGCCUCGCCGUCUGGUAUUGAAGAAAGCAGCAGUACGUAUGCUGCCCGCUGGACAGCGUUGUGGCACAAUCUCGAUGGUUGGUAUAGGAGACGUCCAGCAGAAAUGCGUCCUACUUUCUCCAUCGCACCGACUACAAGACCUUUCCCGACGGUCUUGUAUAGUAAUCCCGCCGCUAUUUCAGGCAAUCAGCUCUACCAUACGUCCUCGAUGCUAAUGUUGCAGCACAAACCUUCCAAAAUUAUAGUCACGCCUAAGCCGAGUUCUAUUUUUUGGCAUGCGCGUCAGAUCUGCGGCAUUUCGGCUAGCAACUGUCACCAUGGAGCUUGGACGAAUGCUGUACAGCCGCUUUGGAUUGCCGGGCAGUGGAUGAGCCAUGAAAGUGAACAGACAGCAAUCUUAGAGCUGCUGGCAAAGAUCGAGAGAGAGACUGGGUGGGGAACAAACUGGCGGGCUGAGGACCUCAAAGAAUUUUGGGGAAACGACUAAACUAAAUGUUGUAAAAUCA